AUGAAUAAAGCAAUUGAACAUGAAGGUGAAUUUAAUGAGCAAGAUGAAGAAGAAGAAAGCCAAACUUUGGAAAAUAAUAUAACAAAAUAAUCCAUCAUAGACAUUGAGCAAAUUAAGAAUUUUGAAGAUUUUAAGUUAGUAUUAGUCUAAUUAGAUGAGCAAAGAAUACUAACUUUAAGAUAAUAGAGUGAAGAAUCUAUGCGUAAAUAUUGGAUGAUACUUGAAUUCAUAAAAAAAGAAAAAUAACAAGAUGAAAUUCAAUACAUAUAAAAAAUCUUUUCUAUGGUGCCUCAAUAUCAUGCCAAAUUAUAAUAAAUUUCUAAUCUAAAAGCAUCAAUCAGAGGACAAUUGGAUAAGAUAAAAAGGAAGAAAAAAAUUGAUUGA